UCAAGGAGCUCCUCGGCGUUGAGCAACGGUGCGGACGACGGCGUCCAAGACCCGGCAACGCGCCCUGCCCCGCACGCAGCUCCGCCAGCCACGCGCCUUGGCAGUCAGAGUCGCGAGCAUGGCAGCGGAUCCGCACCGCGGAGCAUUUGGCGAGCCGAAGAGGCGAUAGCAAAGCUGAAGCCUUCAAGACUGGCAGCGGUGCGGGUGCCGCAUGUGAGGAAGAUGGAAGGGCGAAGAGAGCAUGCAGCGGGCGCCCAUCACGACUCCGCCUUGCCGGGCGCAGCUGUGCGUCGCGCUCCGCCAGAGGACGCCGCAGCGCCGCGCGGCGCGCCGAGAAGGCACAGGUGAGGUGCUACUGCGGCAAGCUGAUCCUAUCACAAGCCGUGCGCUGCUGUGGUGGCCCAUUUCCGGCGUGCGACCGCAGCGAAGAAGGAAAGACCGUCGCCGCCGCGCUCGGCGCCCGAGGGCAAGGCGUGGUCCCGAUGCGCGCGCUGGCGCAACGUCGGGUCGCGCCGUGCGCAUCGGACCGGCCAGAGGCGCAAGCUGCGGCAAGCUCGCCGUCCGCGGCGGGCGAGCUGAGGAUGCCCACGAUGCGCUGCGCUGCCGGCUGUGGAAUGCCUUGCAGCAGCGCUGCAUAGGAGGCCGCAGCAAGGCGAGGAGUGGUGCAAGGCGGAGCUGCGUAGGAGGCCAACGCCGGUGCCGCGAGCGGGGAGGCGCAGCGGUAGCACAACUGCAGCGCCGCCAUCGUGCAUGCCACGCUCAGACCGCCCUUGGCCCCCGUCGAGCGGUCCUCCUUGUCGUAUGACGGCUGCACGACGCAGUCACCGCGCACGCAUCUCGGCACGCUGAGCAUCCACCGCUCGCAUGAGAGUGUGCCGAGCAGGCCGAGCGCUGCGCGGGGUGAGGGAGCACGUCGCGCGGGAGCUCGGCGCGGCGGGAUGCGGCCCUGCGUCCAUGCGUGGGCGCGCGGCACGGGCGGAGUUGGCAGCUUGGCAGGGCAGGGCGCAGCUGCUGCCCUUCGAGAAGGGAGUGCCCUCUUGCGAGGCAAGGCGCAGUUGCAGCAGCAUGUCGCCGGCAAGGUGGACGAAUUUGAAUGGUGCUUGGCUCGCGG